AUGCCCGACGACACAGAAAUCCCGCAACCCCCACCACACAGAUACACCCACCACACGCGCGAAAACCACACAGUAACACCAGGCGUGGACAACCUAGGACCCGCCUCAGCAGGCGGCGGAAUAAGCGGCAUAGCCCUAGGAAUCGCCAACACGCACGACCGCCAAAGCGGCCUGGACGCAUCGCGCGGAAUCCCAGACCAAGACAACAAUCACAGCUACUAUCCCGCAGAACGAGACUACAACACCUCCGGCUCAGACAAUCCCUACGUACCCUCAGCCGGCUACACCAGCGCCGAAACCCUCCACCACCACUCGUACGGGUCGGGCAUGGCGUUCGGCGGUGCGGGCGCUUCGCCGGGUCUCCAGAGUCCUUCGCAUUCAUCGGCGCAUCUGGGUGAGCGCGGUACGGGUUCUGAUCAGUAUCCGGCGCCGUAUCAGAGUAUUAGUGAUGGGCCUUACCAGAGACAUUCUGGGUAUGGGGGUUCGGAGAUGUCGAACAUUAAUCCGGAUGAUAUUGCUGAUGAUGGGGAUGAGGACUUUGGGCCUCGGGGCCGGAAUAAUCGCGGCAUUCCUGCGGCGGCGGCGGCGGCUGGUGGGGGUGCUGCGGCUGGGGGGCUUCUUGGUGGGUUCUUUGGGCGGGAGAAGAAUGCUGAUGUUGCGUACAACACUGUUCCUGGGGGCGGACUUGAGGGUGGGGAUGGGGAAGGGAAGGGGCCUAAGGGCAUGGAUGGACGCAAGAAGAUGGGGUGGAUCGUUGGGCUUGUGCUUGGGUUUGUGAUUCUUGGGGCUAUUAUUGGUGGUGCUGUGGGUGGUACUAUUGGCAGUCGGCAUAAAGAGGAUAAGUCUUCUAGUGCCGGAUCUGCUGAUGAUGAUUCCAAGAGCAAUGGUGAUCUUGAUAAGGAUUCUUCUGAGAUCAAGGCUCUCCUGAAUAAUGAUGAGUUGCACAAGGUCUUCCCUGGUGUCGACUAUACUCCUUGGGGUGUGCAGUAUCCCGACUGUCUGAAGUGGCCGCCAUCACAGAACAAUGUGACUCGGGACAUGGCUGUUCUGUCGCAGCUCACAAACACUGUUCGGUUGUACGGAACCGAUUGCAACCAGACUGAGAUGGUUCUGCAUGCCAUUGACCGACUCGAGCUCACGGAUAUGAAGCUCUGGCUUGGUGUGUGGAUUGAUUCGAACACCACCAGUACCGAGCGUCAAAUCAAGCACCUCUACCAGAUCCUCGACGAUACCAAGGACACAUCCCUGUACAAGGGUAUCAUCGUCGGAAAUGAAGCGCUCUACCGCGCCGGUCCAGACAAACAGACUGCCGAGAAGACCCUCAUCUCAUACAUCAAAGACGUCACUAGUGAGGUCAAGAAGCGCAGCCUCGACCUCGCAAUCGCCACCUCUGAUCUGGGCGACAACUGGAACUCACAGCUGGUAGAUGUCGUCGACGUGGUCAUGUCUAAUGUGCACCCCUUCUUCGCAGGCGUGAGUGUCGACGUGGCCGCCGCCUGGACCUGGGACUUCUGGCAGACCCACGAUGUCUCCCUGACAAGCGGCACCAGCAAGAAACAAAUCAUCUCCGAAGUCGGAUGGCCCAGCGGCGGAGGCAAGGACUGCGGCGAAAGCCCAACCUGCGACGAUGACACCCCUGGAUCCGUAGCCAGCGUCGACAACAUGAACUCAUUCAUGUCCGACUGGAUCUGCCAGGCAUUGGACAACGGAACCGAUUAUUUCUGGUUCGAAGCCUUCGACGAACCCUGGAAAAUCCAAUUCAACGAAAAAGACAAAGAAUGGGAAGACAAAUGGGGUCUCAUGGACUCCGCCCGCAAAAUCAAAAAGGGCCUCAAGAUUCCCGACUGCGGUGGCAAGACUGCCUCCUAA